UCACUCAAAUCUUCUCACAAAGAUUCUAUUACAAACGCUCCAUCCAAGAUGCAGAUCAAGACCCUCAUCAUCGCCCUCUUCGCUGGCAUCGCCAUGGCACUGCCCACCGACCCGCCCAAGAACGGCGGCGGCGGCGGCGGCGGCGGCAGCACUCCCCCUCCCAGCGGCGGUGGUGGCGGCAGCGGAGACUACGAUGCGUGCGAGGGCAACGGGACCCUCUACAGCAGCGCCCAGUGCUGCGCUACCGACGUCCUCGGUAUUGCCGACCUGGACUGCGCCGUCCCCACGACUCUUCCCACCUCGGCCAGCAGCUUCACCAGCAUCUGCGCCGCCAAGGGCCAGCGUGCUCGCUGCUGUGUGCUCCCUGUCGCUGGCCAGGCUGUCCUCUGCCAGGCCCCUGUCGGCGCCUAAACCAGCUGCUCAUACACGCCAGGACAUCAUUCUGCUGCUGGAUGACUCCUUGAGAGACGCCAAGGUCUUUCCGAGUCAGUUCAGGGAAUCAUUUGCAGGAUGGGGAUACCGUACUUGGAGUCCAUGAGGGCUGGCCUUUGGUGCUUGAGGCCCAGCCUCUGGUGCCAUGAAAUUCCAUCCGCGUUUCCUUCCUUUAGCUGAUCUUCGCCGAAAGACGCUGUUUUACUUCAGCACACCUUACCCUCAUCACAACUUCAUAAGGGAAGCCGGUUGGCCUCGGUUUCUUGGCACGCUCAUUGUUCAUAACCAUGAUUUAAAUUUAAUUUCUUUUUUUUCAACGGGGGUGCUGUGCGUAGAUUCCUUUUUGUUCGCUAGCACGGAAAAUUUCGGAGUGAAGAUGGUUGGUCUUUGACAUGUAUCUCCAGACUUGAUAAUUGGCCCACAAAGUACAUAGUCAGGAGUCUUUUUUUUCGAGAAAUGCGAAGUAACCAUUCAAC